AUACGCACUGCGUUGGCUCAAUUAGGAUGAUGUUAUUUUAGUCACGAUCGUAAGAUUUCUAAAAUUCACCCAACUACCUCAAUGUUCAUGUUGGCCCCAUUUCCCAUUUUUGUAGUGCUUAAUUGACUUGUUGCCUUGAGUUUGCGAAAAAAUUUGCGGUGCCGUUGGCUUUAGGUAGUUAUAGCAUUUAUUCCUCUUGAUGACUUCCAAGUGGGUGUUGGAGGGUCUUAUUGUGACGGUUUCGAUCUAAAAGUGAUUAUCUGCGAGGUUUCGUGCAAAUUUUACUAUAAUCUUGGUUGUGGAAGUGCUCAGUGAAACUUGAUGUUGAUGAGAGCUUUUAUUGUUUUUGCGCAAUUUGGAUUUCGAUUUAGGGGGGAGGUUCGAUUUUUAAAAUUUCUAUCGAUAUUUUACAGCUAAUUAGAAAAUUAGUGUCGUCUGCUAACUCUGCUAUGUUUCGUUUACAAGUUUGAAAAAGAGACAAAGUUUAAGAUUGCAAAGAAAACUGAACGAAAACUUCUUUGGAAACGUACGUGGCUGCACGAAAAAGCAGAACAAAUAAAAUUACGAAAAUGUGGUCGUCGUGUCAACUCUAGUCGCGUCUAUUUCUAGAAUCGCUUAAUACGCACUCCAUGCUGUCUAUAGCAGAUUUCAGGCCAGAGCCAGCCAUGAUUAUCACAAGUUCUGCCAGUUUUGCUUGUGUUGGUAUUGUCCUGUCAUCACCAACAAUCUCAGUUUCAUCUCUUAGAUAAACAGCACCCCUCUUGAUUGGAGAACCUACCGAUGUCAGUCGAGUUAAGGAGCUGUUCUCCCCCUUUCUUUAAAUCCCCACUUUGUCCUCGUGUACACCCAUCACGAGUCUGAAGUCAUUUUUUCCUAUCCUGCCUGGUGGAUUAAAUUUUUCAGCGGAUGAAGCACUUGUGGAUGCCUGGCCGCAUUUCCCAGGCUUGAAGGGUUUCACAUAGUGCCUGUUGAAAAUUGAUGUAAAAUGACGACAGGAGUUGUUUACGACCAGCGCAUGGCUGACCACAAGUGCUUGUGGGAUUUAAAAUACAACGAAAAACCCGAAAGAUUUAUUAAUGUACUGAAACGAUGUGAGGAGCUAAAACUUCUGCAAAGAUGCCUUCCUCUCAAACCAAGAGAAGCUACGGAGGAAGAAUUACUGAAGCUGCACACACCUGAUAUGAUAAGCAUCUUAAAGGACACAGAAAACAUUUCUGAUGAAGAAGCCUUAGAAAAACUAAGUUCCAAGUAUGAUUUUCUGUACAUUCAUCCGAGCACCUAUCAGUUAUCAUUGUUGGCUGCUGGAUCAACAGUUGAGCUGGUAUCUAACAUACUAGAUGGGAAAAUAAGAAAUGGAAUGGCAAUUAUUAGACCACCUGGUCACCACGCAAUGAAAAGUGAGUACUGUGGAUACUGUUUUUACAACAACGUCGCAAUUGCUGCCCAACAUGCCCUUGAUAAUCGUGGCCUAAAAAGGAUACUAAUAGUGGAUUGGGACAUUCAUCAUGGACAAGCUACUCAGCAAAUGUUUUAUGGUGAUCCAAGGGUCUUGUAUUUUUCGAUUCACGGAUUUCAAAACGGAGCAUUUUGGCCUCAUUUGCGAGAAUCUGAUUACCACUACAUCGGCCGUGGUGCUGGCUUAGGCUAUAACAUCAAUGUGCCAAUGAACGAGGUUAAAAUGGGCAACAGUGAUUAUAUGGCGAUAUUUCAUCAACUCCUCUUACCCAUCGCUUAUGAGUUUAAUCCUGAACUAAUUAUAGUAAGCGCUGGUUACGACGCUGCUCUUGGAUGCCCAGAGGGUGAAAUGGAAAUAACACCGGCGUGCUAUAGCCAUUUUACGAAUUCACUUAUGGGUCUGGCAAAUGGUCGACUAGCUGUAGUUCUUGAAGGAGGAUACUGCUUGAAAUCUUUGUCUGAAGGUGCUGCUCUAACAUUGCGGACCUUGCUCGGUGACCCUUGUCCACCUCUCUUAAGCAAUCUGGACACUCCCACUAAAAGUGCCCAAAACACGAUUUUGAGUGUCAUGUACGUCCUGCGCCGUUACUGGAAAUGCCUUCAACAUCUUGAAGUGUUUAGUGUUCAAGAAAUAAAGGAUGCAACGAAAAUUCGUGAGAACCAAUUCUGGCCGCAAAUAGAAUUUUUGGGCAGUGACGAAAAACCAGAAACAUAUCCAACCCGUGAUAUUUGUCCUGUGCAGGAUCCGAAAGUUGCUGCAGAGCUUGAUGCUCAGCUGGAUGUUUUGAUUGCUGGUACAUGUUUGGACGUCCAACAGUAUCGUGUUGGCUUCGUUGCAAACUCGACAGAAUGUAUAGAGUCACUAUCCGAAAUCAUUCAGCGCUGCCACAUGCUCCCAACAGACCGAACUGAGACUGGGGCAGGAAGAACAACCUCGGCAAUUCUUUUGAAUUUGAUAGAUAGUCUCGUUGAUGGAACAUGUCGAAGUGGUAUCGCGAUUGGCGACAACUCCUGUCAUAUUGUGGUCGAUUCUUUGAAGUAUGCCAUCGACGACCGAAGCCUUCAAAAUGUGAUGUUUAUCGACAUGAGAACUCAUCCUGAUCGCGAGAUACAAAAGUUUUUCCAAGAAGAUGUUCGUAUUUUAUACGCGUCGUUGUUUGCCUUUCUUGACUCAUGUGGGUCGGAAUCCGUUGGGGCUAAAACAACAAAAUUAGCUGUCAACGUUGGCUUGCAGCAAAGUUGUGGCGAUGGGGAUGUUUUAUCUGCUUUAUUCCGUAUCCUGUUGCCUGUGGCCUAUCAGUUUGGACCCCAGUUAAUUGUCGUGGCUGCUGAUCAUUCGCCAUCAGGAGGUGUUUCAUCCGAAUGUUUCGGUCAAGUCAUUCACCUCUUAACAUCGUUAUGUGGAGGUCGGUUAGCUGUUAUUUUUAAACACAACAAGGAUCCCAGUUCUUCAUUAAGUGGACUCAAAAUUUGCGUCAAAGCUCUGUUGGGAGAUCCCAUCUCCAUGUUGACUCCGGAAGGAACCAACCAACAACUAAAUGUCGUAUCAAUGUCCGCAAUUCAUAACGUAAUCCGAGAGCAAAAUGCUUUUUGGAAUGCUUUAAAAUUUGAAGUGCAAGUACCAGAUAUUAAUGUUCUCAUUCCACCGUACAUGAAUGAUGGGAAGGUUUUGAGAUACAACCCCGAGCUUCUCCAACAUUAAUUCCAUUUACUCUCCAACUUUAAAAAAUCCGAUUUUCCCUCUAGCACCGAUUUGUGUCAGUUAACCCCUGAGGAUCGUGAACCGUUACGUUCACUCGGUAACCCAAGUUCUAUUGAGGCUCGCACAAUGAAGUACGAGCGUGUUGCAAGGUCGAAUACUAUAUGUAGUGCCACUCCAAACAACUUUCCUUUUGACUAGUUUCAAUAAAUUUUCUCAUCUAAACAGCUUAAAUUUAUUCUA